ACAUCCUCGCGAUCCUCCUCCUCACUGCGCUCGCCACCGCCGCCGCGCCGCUCGACAGGUGGCGCCCGAUCGACCCGAGGGCCUCAAGGAUCCGGAAGUGACGGAUGCCACGAAGUUCGCCGUCAAGCAGCACAACGAGAAGGAGGGGGAGAAGCUGAAGCUGGUGAGGGUGGAGUCCGGCGCGUACCAGGUCGUCCGCGGGAAGAACUAAAAGCUGGAGCUGACGGUCUCCGACGCUGUAGACGCCAACGGGUUGUCCAAGUACGAGGCGAUCGUCUGGGUGCAGCCCGGCGCUGUGAAGAGGCUCACGUCGUUCAAGAAGGUGACGUGAGCUAG